AUGAUAUUAUAUAAAUUUAUUCUUGCACUCGGCCUAUUAACAGCAACUACAUUUGCAGCAUGCCCAAUAACUGCAACACCAACAGAAAUUGCUAAUUGUCUUCGGUAUUUAACAUCAGGAAUUCUUGGAGCAGCUCUUCGCGAUACUAAAAUGCUAUGCGUUAUUGCCGCUGAUAUCGCUAAUUGUGCUAAACGAGAACUUACUGAUUGCGUGGCGGAAAAGCUCGGAAAAGCAGCAUUAGAUGAAGUCGUCACAAUUUCUGAAAACUGUUGUCCAGAUAUAAAUGGCCGAAACUGUCCAAUUCGAGAUGCAGUCAUUAAAGAACAACGUUGCUUUGCUGCUGACUCGCUUGUGACGUUAUCUAAUGGCGACCAGAAAUCAAUUGCUAAUCUGCAAUCAGGCGAUUCACUUCUUGCUUAUGAUGAUAAAGCAAAGAAAGUCCUCUCAACCAAUCUAAUCACUAUGCUUGACUUUCAACCACAAAGAUUUGCUUUGUUCAAACAAGUAACUACUCACACUGGCCGACAAUUAUCACUUACCUCGUCUCAUCUUAUGCCUACUGAUAAACAUGGUUAUGUCAUGGCUAAAAAUAUUCACGCCGGAAUGAAUGUCUAUGUCAUGAAUGGCGAUGGCAUUCUAAUUACUGAAACUGUUUCGAAUGUGUCUGAUGUUGUCAAACAAGGAUAUGUAGCCCCUUUGACUGUUGAAGGUACAUUAAUUGUAAACAAUGUUGCAGCAUCGUGCUAUGCUACAAUCGAUAGUCACUACAUUGCCCAUACUGUACUGGCUCCUAUGAGAUGGUGGUAUAGUUUAUUCGGAAAAUCGAGCUCAAUGAUUGGUGUUCAUUGGUUUCCACAAAUACUGUAUGAAAUGACGACGUAUUUGAUACCAUCAAUCAUUCAGAAGUGA